CACACACACACACAAAGGAAAAAAUAUCAUACAGAGGUGAUUGAAAGGCAGAGAGAUAGAGAGAGAGAGAGAGAGAGAGAGAGAAACAGAGAGUGGCCGUUUCAACGGCCACCUACACCUCAAACAACUUCUGGUUGGCCGCUAACGUGAUUAUUUCCUCCUCCCUAAAUUCAACUCUCCAUUUCCAGAGUACCAUUUUCUUUCUUUGUGCUUUCUCUCAAUUUUCUCGUGAAAAGAAAAAGAUUCCCAGAGGGGAGAGAAAGGCAAAAACUUGAGCAGAAAAAGUCCCUAGCUUUAUAUUUUUUUUUUAUAGCACAAUUGAGCCCUGCAUCACCAUCGUGUUCUCAGCCUCUGUUUACCUGAGCUGUGGUGUUGUGCAGGUAAAUUUGUUUUGGCAUUCAUUUCGUUUAUAUUUCCAGAUCUUCUAUUUUUGUUUCAUUUUUUUUUCUGGGUCUGGAAACUUGUUGAAGUUUUGAUUUUUGUACCAUUAGAGAAAUUCUUUCCUUUUGCUUUCCUUGAUGCGAACAAAUAUGCAGCAUAAUAUAUUCACCACAAUGCGUAGUUUAAAGCUUAUAGAUGGAUGUAAAGGCACGCAAGUUUAUGCGCUUAACACCACCGGUGGUGGUGGUGGUGGCGGUACCACCGCUGGUAGUGGAGCUGGAGGAGUCGGUGAAAAACUAUUCCACCAACUUCAAGACCAUCUUAGAGCUAAUUCGAUUCGAUCCAAAUCGAGUCGAAAUUAUCAAGCAUCUAAUACCCCUGCUGUUGUAACUGAAACCCUGCUUCCUUAUGGCCUCCCUGUCUCCGAUCUCCUUGAGCCCCAGAUCGAAUCAUGCCUAAAGUUCGUUGAUUUUAUCGAAACUAUUGCUGAUGUGUAUCGUAGGAUUGAGAAUUGUCCUCAAUUUGAGAAAUCAGGAAUGUUUAUAGAGGAAUGUGCAAUUUUUAGGGGAUUAUCUGAUCCGAAACUGUUCCGGCGGAGCCUUCGGUCAGCCAGGCAGCAUGCCGUAGAUGUGCAUUCUAAGAUUGUGCUAGCAGCAUGGUUGAGGUAUGAGAGGAGGGAGGAUGAGCUUGUUGGCACAUCUUCAAUGGAUUGUUGCGGAAGAAACAUUGAGUGCCCUAAGGCUACCUUGGUAGCUGGUUAUAAUCCGGAAUCUAUUUAUGAUCCUUGUAUAUGUUCUAGAACUCCUCAAGGGGAAUUUGACGAUGAUCUUUCAGUGGCGGAUGAGGAAUGUUCCACUUCUGAUGACAGCGGGGAUAUGUCAUUUUGUAUUGGAGAUGACGAGAUUAGGUGUAUACGGUCCAAUAUUGCCUCGUUAUCAACACCAUUUAGAACAAUGUUGUGCGGUGGUUUCAGGGAGUCAAGAAGAGAGAGGAUAAAUUUUACCAACAAUGGUAUUUCAGCAGAGGGAAUGAGAGCUGCUGAGGUAUAUAGCAGGACAAAAAGAUUAGAUUGUUUUGAUCCACAAAUUGUUUUGGAGCUUCUUUCUUUCUCAAAUAGGUUUUGUUGCGACAAUUUGAAGUCUGCUUGUGAUGCUUAUUUAGCAUCUUUGGUAAAUGAGAUGGAGGACGCACUGUUGUUAAUUGAGCAUGGGUUGGCAGAAAAUGCGUAUCUUCUUGUGGCAGCUUGCUUGCAGGUUUUCUUGAGGGAGCUCCCAAAUUCAAUGCACAGUCCUAAUGUGAUGAAAUUAUUUUGUAAUUCAGAUGCAAGGGAAAGAUUGGCUCAAGUUGGGCAUGCUUCCUUUUUGUUGUAUUACUUCUUGAGCCAGAUUGCAAUGGAGGAAGAUAUGAAAUCUAACACUACUGUGAUGCUUCUAGAGAGGUUGACAGAGUGUGCGACAGAAAGUUGGCAGAAACAACUUGCAUAUCACCAGUUAGGUGUUGUGAUGCUUGAGAGAAAAGAGUACAAAGAUGCUCAAAAUUGGUUUGAGACAGCUUUUAAGUCUGGUCAUAUAUAUUCAUUAGUGGGUGCCGCAAGGGCCAAAUUCAAGCGUGGCCACAAGUAUUCAGCAUACAAGCUGAUUAACUCACUCAUUUCAGAUUAUAAGCCAGUUGGAUGGAUGUAUCAGGAACGCUCUUUGUAUUGUAGUGGGAAGGAGAAGAUGUUGGAUUUAGAAAUGGCUACAGAAUUGGAUCCAACCCUUUCUUUCCCAUACAAGUACCGGGCAGUUUCGUUGUUGGAGGUCAACAAGAUUGGAGCAGCCAUCUCAGAAAUCAAUAAAAUAAUCGGUUUCAAGGUGUCCCCUGACUGCCUUGAGUUGCGGGCCUGGAUUUCUAUUGCCAUGGAGGAUUAUGAAGGAGCUCUUAGAGAUGUCCGGGCACUUCUGACUUUAGAGCCAAAUUACAUGAUGUUUCAUGGAAAAAUGCAUGGUGAUCACUUGGUGGAGCUCCUCUGUCCUCUUGUUCAGCAGUGGAGUCAGGCUGACUGCUGGAUGCAAUUGUAUGACCGAUGGUCUUCUGUCGAUGAUAUAGGUUCCCUAGCUGUUGUACACCAUAUGUUGGCAAAUGACCCUGGAAAGAGCCUCUUACGGUUUAGGCAGUCUCUCCUUCUUUUAAGGUUAAAUUGUCAAAAGGCUGCAAUGCGUAGUCUACGGUUGGCUAGAAACCAUUCUACUUCAGAGCAUGAAAGGCUUGUUUAUGAAGGAUGGAUAUUGUAUGACACUGGCCACCGUGAGGAAGCACUAGCUAAGGCAGAGGAGUCAAUCUCCAUCCAGAGAUCAUUUGAAGCUUUCUUCCUUAAAGCAUAUGCUUUAGCAGAUUCCAGUCUUGAUCAAGAGUCUUCAUUAUAUGUUAUCCAACUUCUUGAGGAUGCUCUUAGAUGCCCUUCAGAUGGGCUUCGUAAAGGACAAGCAUUGAAUAAUUUAGGUAGUGUAUAUGUAGACUGUGAAAAGCUAGAUCUUGCUGCUGAUUGCUACAUGAAUGCACUCAACAUCAAGCAUACACGAGCUCAUCAGGGUCUAGCACGGGUAUUUCAUCUCAAAAAUCAGCGUAAAGCUGCAUAUGAUGAGAUGACAAAGCUGAUAGAGAAGGCACGUAACAAUGCUUCAGCUUAUGAGAAGCGUUCAGAGUACUGUGACCGUGACAUGGCAAAGAGUGAUCUUAUUAUGGCAACACAAUUAGAUCCUUUGAGGACAUAUCCAUACAGAUACAGGGCAGCAGUUCUAAUGGAUGAUCACAAAGAAAAUGAAGCUAUAGCAGAGCUCACAAAAGCAUUAGCUUUCAAGCCAGACCUGCAGCUACUACAUCUUCGAGCUGCUUUCCACGAUUCAAUGGGUGCUUAUAUAUCUGCGGUUAGAGAUUGUGAAGCAGCCCUUUGCCUUGAUCCCAACCAUACCGAAACUCUUGAGCUAUAUAAUAAAGUUCGUGAUCAGGUUAAAGAACAGAAGUGAGAAAAUCAGAUGCCUAUAAUCAUUCCUCUCUUCAUCGUCUACCGUUGGUAACCUGAUUGUUGCCACCCUUUUUCUUUCAAAUAUUUUUGUUCAAUUACAAGGGCACCAUUAGUUUUUUGGAUUUUGUCUCUAGAAAAUUCAGAAGCACUGCCUAGGCCUUGGGGUGAAAUGGAACUCAGGAGGAAAGAAAAAGGAAAGUGUAUGGUUUAAAAGGAAAAGGAGAAAAGGGAAACUAGACAAAAGAUAGCUUGUAAAUAUUUGUUUUCUGUGUUAUGGAUUGAACCAAUCAAUGAUAUAAAGAGUCCAGGCAUGCGGCUGAUGCUGCUACUGCCCUAUAUAUUUCUCCGUCAGGGCGGUGCCAAUGCUACAGCCAAAAGAGACAUGUAAAUGAAACUGCAGAAGUCUGUCCACUCUGAGAGAUUUUACAUUCUGUUGGCUUUUUUGCUAUACCUUAUGCAUUCUACCUCUUCUCA